UGAAUUGGAUUGAGUUAUUAGUUGAAUGCUUUGUAAAUAACCCAAUCCAUAGCCUGCUGAUAUAAAGGGUCACUUUCUGUACUUCAUUAAUACACACACCUCCCUCUUUGGCUACCUUACUUCUAUUUCCCUCUUCUCUUCCCCUAACCUUUUAGAACACAAGCUGUGUGCAUUGAUAUUCCUUAAACACAGCAAACAGCCCUUCUUUUUGUUCUGUCUUGGGAGUUCCUUCUUCAACCAGCUCAGAAGAGGGGAAGAUGAAAAAUGAAGAUUUGGGGUUUGAUAGAUGACUGAUCUGCUUGGAUUUGGUUUAGGUAAGAAAACAACAAGAGGGGAGAGGAUGUCUGAUUCACCUCAGAGGAAGAUGGGAAGAGGAAAGAUUGAGAUUAAGAGGAUCGAAAAUACAACAAACCGUCAAGUCACUUUCUGUAAGAGACGAAAUGGACUGCUCAAAAAGGCUUAUGAGCUUUCUGUUCUGUGUGAUGCUGAAGUUGCUCUCAUCGUUUUCUCAACCCGUGGCCGCCUCUAUGAGUAUGCUAACAACAGUGUGAAGACAACAAUUGAUAGAUACAAAAAGGCAUCUUCAAAUUCUCCAAACACCGGAUCUACUUCUGAAACUAACACUCAGUUUUACCAACAAGAAGCUGCCAAACUGCGUGUUCAGAUUGGUAAUUUGCAGAACUCAAACAGGAACAUGCUUGGUGAAUCUCUAAGUUCUUUGAGUGUAAAAGAUCUGAAAAGUCUUGAGAGCAAACUCGAGAAAGGAAUUAGCAGAAUUAGGUCCAAAAAGAAUGAACUCCUCUUUGCUGAAAUCGAGUACAUGCGCAAAAGGGAGUUUGAUUUGCACAACAACAAUCAGCUGCUUCGAGCAAAGAUAGUUGAGAGUGAAAGAAAUGUGAACAUGAUGGGGGGAGGAGAAUUUGAGCUGAUGCAAUCUCAUCCGUACGAUCCAAGAGACUUCUUCCAAGUCAACGGCUUACAGCACAAUCAACAGUAUCCACGUCAAGACAACAUGUCUCUCCAGUUAGUAUAAGUUAAUAAUAAUAUGAUUUGAAGCACUCUCAUUGUUGGAUUAGCAUAAAAGAGUGCCCCAUCUGCUGGUUGAAAGGUACUCCAAGGAAGUUGAAGAUUAACCAAGUCUUAGCUUCUGGACUCAAAAAAGACUUGUUCUAAUAUAUUAGUAUCAUCUAUAAUGUUGUUGUAUGCUAUGAAUCCAAACAUUAAUAACCUUUCUUUGUCUUAAAUCUAUGUCUGUGAUACAAACGACUAACAUCUUUUCUCGUA